AUGGGCGGCGACGGCGACGCGCUCGACAACGACGCGAUCGUCGUCUGCGACGGGUGCUGCUGCUGCUACGACGGCUUCCUCUUCGGGGAUGGGUGCAUGGGGUGCAUGGCCAGCGAGACCAUGUGCUGCCUCGAGGUCGAGUACUGCUGCAAGCAAGGCGCGCCGACGCUCUGCUGCGUCUGCUGCGCGAUUCGCUGUGUCUCGCCCACCGUGUGCAUCAAGUCGCAGGGCCAGAUGUGCUGCCUUGCCGGGGCGGCCGCCAUCCCGUGCGACGAAGAGGUCCCUUGCCUGGUCGGCUCGUGCGGCAUCAUCUGCUAUCCUACGAUCGCCAUUUGCAAGACGCUGGGCGACAUCAAGGGCGGCGGCGGGGAUGGACCCCCGGCCGAGCAGGUGGGUUGA